AAUAUUUUUACUCUUAAUGUCAUUAGGACGGAAUCCAUCCCCAGUGUGGGAUAAGCUGGUAUUUAACAAAAUAAAAGCUAGGCUGGGUGGACGAGUAAGGGUUAUGUCUUCAGGUGCUUCUCCAUUGUCGCCAGAUGUAAUGGAAUUCCUCAGAAUAUGCUUUGGUGGUGAUAUUCUUGAAGGCUACGGAAUGACGGAAACAUCUUGUGUCAUUACUUUAAUGGAUGUUGGUGAUAUAUCAAUUGGUCAUGUUGGAUCUCCCAAUCCUGCUUGUGAGGUUAAACUUGUGGAUGUCCCUGAAAUGAACUACACAUCUGAGGAUCAACCAUACCCUCGUGGAGAAAUAUGUGCCCGGGGACCUAUAAUAUUCCAGGGUUACUAUAAAGAUGAAGUUCAAACCAGAGAGGUCAUUGAUGAGGAUGGUUGGUUGCAUACUGGGGACAUAGGUUUGUGGCUGCCUGGAGGGCGCCUAAAGAUUAUAGACAGGAAAAAGAACAUUUUCAAGUUAGCUCAAGGAGAAUACAUAGCUCCGGAGAAGAUCGAGAAUGUUUAUGCCAAGUGCAAGUUCAUUGCCCAGUGCUUUGUAUAUGGCGAUAGCUUUAAUUCUUGCCUAGUUGCCGUUGUUGCAGUUGAGCCAGAGGUGUUGAAGAGUUGGGCUGCAUUAGAAGGAAUCCAGUAUGAGGAUUUAAGACAGCUCUGUUCUGAUCCUAGAGCAAGAGCUGCUGUGCUGGCUGACAUGGAUUCUAUUGGGAAGUAAGCACAGCUAAGAGGUUUUGAGUUUGUCAAAGCUGUUACUCUUGUUGCUGAACCAUUCACACUAGAAAAUGGCCUCCUCACCCCAACAUUCAAGGUCAAAAGACCGCAAGCAAAGGCGUAUUUUGCAAAAGAAAUCACAGAUAUGUAUGCACAAUUGCUUGAUGCAGAGUCAGCCAAGCCCAAGUUGUAAUUACACAAGUAAUGGUCAAAAUAAGCAGUCAAUCAAGGAACCAAAACUAAUCUUUCCAAUCAACAACAGCCUGGGCAAGUGCUUGGUGCAGUUAAUUUGAUUACCGUGGUCAAGUAUAACUGGAUGAGCCCAGCAUAUGCAUUUUCUUAACUUCUUUUCCCUUUUUUACAAUAUACACUCAUGUAAUCCUGCCGUUGUAAAGAUAUAUAGAAUAACAUAUUGGUGCCCUAAUUUUGAUCUGCUGUAUGUGCAAUAUAUUACAAGAAAAGCCAAGUGUACGCAAAAUCAGGAAUUAA